AUGCCCUCACAGAUCUGCGAGCUCCUCAUUCUCAUGACCGAAUCGGUCUCAACUCUCGAGAAAGCCUGUGCCGACAACGGCACAGAGAUUCCCGAUCUCAACGAGCCAUUCUCUCCACCUUCGGAAGCGUUUCGUAUCAGUCCCGUAGCCGCUGAAGCUGCUGCUAUCAUCAGUGCUGCUGCCCUCCAGCUUGCCGCUAUCCUUUCCCCGCCGCAAGUCUCUUUGCACCACCUCGUUGGCGGGGGCAUGCAUGCCGAGGAAAUUGCUGCCAAAAACUGGCAGGACCCUGAAAAACUUGCUCGUUUCCUGCGCUUUCUUGCUACAAAUCACGUCUACCGUGAGAUCACUCCUGAAGUCUUUGCCAAUAAUCGUGUCUCCAGCAUGGUGGAUACCCUGAAGCCUAGCAAAGAAAUAAUUGCAGACCUCGAGCACAAACACAACAAUACCCCGGGAUUGGCUGCUUCGCAUCCCAUCACAUUUAAAGCGGCCGCGUAUGCUUGGGAGACUUUGAAUGGUCCCAUGACGAGGCGGUCGGGUGAUCCGCGCACUUCGCCAUUUGCACAGGCUUUCAACACCAAAGAAACACUUUGGGAGUUUCACGAGCGACCGGAUCAGAGCUACAGACAUCGUCGGUUUGGUAUUGGCAUGCAAAGAGUUCAUGCACUGCGGUCUGUCGAUGCUAUACUGAGCAUAGUCGAUGUUGGCAGCAGUGUCGGUACCUCCAUAUUUCCAAUUGCUGCUAACUUCCCGAAGAUACAAUUGAUCGUACAAGGCCUCCCCGGCGUUGUUGAAGACGCAAAGGAGUUGUGGGGCAAGAAAAUGCUGGACGCUGUGACGUCGGGGCAAGUCAAGCUCGAAGCGCAUGAUUUCUUCCAGCCGCAACCCCAGAAGAACGCGUCUGUUUUCUUAUUGAAACAAAUCACUCACGAUUGGUCGGAUGAAUACUGUGUGAAGUUCCUGACUCGACUUUGGGACGCUGCUACUCCGGAAACCGUUCUCUUGCUUGUGGAUAGCGUCAUGCCAUUUAUGGUGUACAACGCCGAUAUCGAUAUGUUUCUGCUGUUCAACUUCCAAGAGAGGACUAUUCGGCACUUAGAUCGUCUUCUGCGCAGCGCGGGCUGGGAAAUCACCGUUGUGCACCGUCAGGAUGGUGAUACCACGUUCUUGCAAUCUAUCGAAGCUGCACCUAUUGGAAAGUAG